CAGCGGAGCGGGGCGGGCAGCCCCGAUGGCGGCUCCCGCAGCGACCGGGCCCCCAAGAUCUACACGAAGACGGGAGACGCAGGCUUCUCCAGCACCUUCACCGGGGAGCGGAGGCCGAAGGGCGACCGGAUCUUCGAAGCCUUGGGAGCCACCGACGAACUGAGCUCGGCCAUCGGGCUUGCUGGUGAAUUUAGCAGCGAAAAGGGCCACACGUUUGUUGAACAACUUCACAAAGUCCAGUGCAUGCUGCAGGAUGUGGGCUCCAACAUCGCCACGCCUCUCUCCUCGGCCAGGGAGGCUCACUUAAAGCGAACAUCUUUUAGUGAGAAGCCUGUUCUGGAGCUGGAGCAGUGGAUUGACAGUUACUCAGAGCAGCUUCCUCCACUCAGAGCUUUCAUCUUGCCAUCGGGAGGUAAAAGCAGCGCCGCUCUCCAUUUCUCCCGGGCCGUCUGCCGCAGAGCUGAACGGUGCGUGGUUCCUUUGGUACAAGCAGGGGAAGCAGAUCCAAACGUGGCCAAAUAUUUAAACAGACUGAGCGACUACCUCUUCGUCUUGGCACGUUACGCUGCAAUGAAGGAAGGGAAGGAAGAGAAAAUAUAUAUAAAGCCUGAAGCAUAACUGGGAGCUGGAAUGUUUGUUUCCUUGAUCACGGGAAGCUAAAUCCAGCAGACUGCUCUCCCCCAUCAAGGAAGGGAAAGAGAACGAGCCUGGAUUGGAAAUGGGAGCUGCCAAGGACUUCCAGCAUAAAUAACUGGGACUUUGUUCAUAAAUACUGUGAGGAGCACAGCUGUUCUGUGUAACACCGCGGCGAUGGCAUCAGAGGCACUGUGUGCCCUGGGUUGGAGUUGAGGCAGGAGACUUCGAAGAGCUACAGCUGAUUUCUAGAGAGGUCUUCAUUUCCCUGGGCAGCAGCAGGUGCUGUGGAAGGGCUUUGACAGGACUCUGAGGAAUGAAGAGGAGAAAACAAUCAGCUUCUCUUUGUGAGUCAUAACGCUGGUACAGAACAGCGACCGUGUAGAGAUUCAGGAACUCUGUCCUCCAGCUUUGGAAUAAUAAAUGUGAUUUACUUGUACCAAAG